ACGCUUCCACCCUCCACCUCCAUCAUUCACUCUCGCCAUCCUCCCCGCUUUCCCUUCUACCUCACUCUCAUCCUUCUGCUCGUGUCGCGCUUCCAGCCGCGAUGGGCCUCUUUUCUACUCAUUUGUAAUCUGCACCCUUCUUCGAGAGCCCCUCACAGCUCUCCCUAUCUCGCCUUCACGGCUGCCUCGUGAGAGCUCCGGCCCUCACACCAACCACAUCACCAUGGCGGCCGUUGCUCUGCUCGAUGACUCUUGCAGACAGAUCGCCGACUCCCUCACCAUUGACGCAGUACCGUUCAAGCUUCGCUGCGGCGCUUGUAACAGAAUCGCCGUCGACGCGCUGAAGCUUCCUUGCUGCGAUCAAUGCAUCUGCGAAUCAUGCUCCCGCCGCCUCCCCGAAACCUGCCCGAUCUGCAGUCACUCCCCCAUCUCCGCUGCGGACUGCACACCCAACCGCAACCUCAGACUUACCAUUCGCGCCUUUCUCAAGAACGAGGAAAAGAAGAGAAACAAGGAUGUUGAGCCGCCGGUGACACAAGCCACGGAGAAGGCGGCCCCACCUGAGACUGCCGCUGUGCCACAAAGUGUUGAUGCUGUUGAGGAGCCCGCGCCCGUGGGCACUCCAGUCGAACAACUCGUGGCAGGCGAUGGAGGUGAUACUAGCCAACAUCAAGAGGUUGCCGAAGAUAAUGCAGCGGUCGCCGUCUCGCACAACGAUGGCGAGGACGAUGACGACGACGGAUAUGAAGAAGACGAAGACGACAAUGUUGUCAUCACCACCGAGCGCCCGGACGAUGAAUUGCCGCACAACGAAUCGCACGAGGACCUCCCGUACGCCAACGGCCAGCGCGAAGAUGGCGGGAAAGAGCAGCAGCAGUUUCACCAACAGCAAGGAUACGGAUAUGGUCCAAGUCAGAAUCAAGGAGGAUUCGGAAACAUGGACUUCAACUCCAUGCCCAACUUUCAGUCAAUGAUGGGAAUGGGCAUGCCCAACUUUGGCAUGGGCAUGCCAAACAUGAUGGGCAUGCCCGGCAUGAACAUGGACCCUUCGAUGAUGUUCGGCGGCGGCGGCGGGUUUGGCGGGAUGGGAGACAUGAGCGGCAUGAUGAACAUGGGCAUGAACGGGAUGGGCGGCGGCGGCUUCGGCGGGAUGCCGGGCAUGGGCGGCAUGAAUGGCGGUUUCUUCCCUCCGAAUGGCAACGGAGGUGGAUAUAACAGCAACCAGCAGCAAAACUUCGGAAUGAUGACCCCCACCCCUUUCCAUCAUCAGAACCAUCGUGGCUUUGGAGGCCGCGGAAUGUAUUCCAAUAACAACGCCCGCGGUGGAGGCUUUGGUAGGGGCAAUCGCGGCUUUGGAGGCCGCGGUGGACGUGGCGGCUGGCAGAACUACGGUCAACAAAAUCAAUACCAGCAGCAGCAGCCUUACCAGCAACAACACCACCAACAACAGCACCAUGGCACCCCUGCCAACGAGGACUACAUGGAUGGUGUUGGAUCCAACCCAGGCACCGGCCGCGGAUCUCCGACGUACGAGCCGAUGAAGGCUUCUGAUCCCGACGCCGACAAUGCUCGCACUGCAAGCGCGAGCGUGGAGAGAGGUGCUGAAGGCGCUACUAACACCGACAGAGAGGUCAACGGUUCUACUGAUGUUGCAGGGAAUGCGGCCAACGACGAGCAUGUGGACGCGGGCGAGGAUGGGUCUGCGUUGAAGGCUGGUGGUGAUCGUAAUGGCAUCGAAGAUGGUACAGUGGAUGGAGAAUUUGGGGAUGCAGCUGCGGAGGGUUCUCAAAGUGUUGCUCAUGUGGUGGUGGAUACCUACGGCGACCAAGCGACUUUCGACUCCGCACCCUACGAUGGAUACAACGAACAGUAUCAGCAAGACUACGCCUACGGGGCACGUGGACGUGGUGGAUUCCAAGGCGGCAUGCGAGGCUUCGGGGGCCGCGCAGGAGGUGCGUACGGCUAUGUCGCCACACCAGCGGAGCCCGCCCGAGCUUCAACACCACCCAUCAACGCACCAACAGGACCGAAAGCAAUGCGUGCUGGCCUGCCUAAUUCUGGACGGUAUUCCCGCCCGCAGCAACAGCAGGUACACGCUUCAACCCUAGCAUCAUCCGUGGAGCCCGAGAGACCCAGGACCGCAGGUCGUGACGAGCCCGCCGACUCAAGGUCUUAUAGCGCGGACCGCAAGCACCGUUCCCGCUCUCGCUCGAGAAGCAAGAGGCGAGACGAGGAUGACGACUCCUACUCCCGCGACAGACAUCGAUCUCGCCGCUCACACAAGUCCAAAGACGACCGCGAUGAAGAAUACUCCGGUCGUGAAUCCGAUAGGAAGGUCCGUUCGAGGAACGAGUCACGCGAUGAAGGCCAUUCAAAGCGUCGUCAUCGAGACAGAGACGACGAGCACCACUCUUCGCGCUCCCAGCGUGACAGGAGCAAGGAGCGCCGCAAGCACCGCCACCGCUCGCGUUCGCCGCGUCGGGAUAAGAGCACGGAUCGCGACGAGAGCAAGCGUCACAAGAGCAAGAGGCGCGAAGACGAGUACUACGAUGAAUCAUCCGAUCGUGCGAAAGACCGCAGCCGCAAGCACUCGCGUCGCGACGAUGACCGCUACGAGAGCAAAGACCGCUCCUCCUCGCACCGGCACAGCAGCCGGCGCGAAUCCACCGCCGACGACCGCCAUCGCGACCGCAGCGGACGCGAAAGCAAAUCUCGCCGCGAAGAACCGCAAGAAGAGGAAUUCGAAUUCAAAAUCAAGGGCAAGUCUGCGACGCUGAAACAGCAGCACCAAAAGCAGGAUGCCAUGCGACCCCCUACCACCAUUCAAUCUACCACUUCCGACCGUCGCCGCUCUAGCGCGCUUCACUCACCCGCUACACCCGCAACGACAAGCGCAGACCCGUACGCCGCCGACCGCGAGAAGGCGCGCAAAGAGCGCGAAGACAUAGAGCGUCGUCGGGUCGAGGGGCGCAGGCAGUCAUCCGGCCACAACAGCUUCAAUCCUUCGAGUAAACGCGGAGCGAACGACGACUUCGACGAGGGGGAGAGGGAGAUUCCUACGGGCCCGCGAGGGGACGGAGACGGGAGUAAGCGCGUCAAACGCGAUUCGCGCAGGCAUGCGGCGAGGUUUGAGGGGGAGGUGCUUGAGGAUGGGGGAUGGGGACGUUGAGCGUGGUUGAGCUUGGAUGCGGGCAGAGCGACGUUCCGGGAGCGAAAGAUGAGUGUGGAUGAUGCGAGGUUGGCCAGGAUAUGCGAACCAUGAGAAGGGGUGGAAGGGGUGUGAAAUGAAGGACACUGGAGGGCUUUGCUCUUUCUCGAUGUCCUAUACGACUUUGCGAUUCUGCUUGUCAGGGCUACAGUCGCCCAUCAGCUGGAACAGCAGAGCAGAGCUGGAAAUUGGCACGGUAGCUAGCUUGCUUGCCUUCGCGGGCUUCAUGCGCAGCGCUACCGUGAGCAUUGUAUGGAUAGGUAGUCACCAACCCCACCAACGAAAUGCAAACAUGAUCAA